UCUUAUUUUUUUCUUACAUCGAAAAUCAUAUACGAAUGUUGGGGAAUUUGAAAAGUGUAAAUUAGUGUGAAAACCACGUUGUUCGGGAUGGAUAGCCUUGAGGUCAUAAAGCCAGUAAUCAGCGGAUGCUGUGUGGUCUGUGGCACAAAAACCCGUGUAGUUUGCCAUCGUUGUGGUGAUUUUUAUUGCUCAAGAAAUUGUCAGCUUAAUGACUGGCAACGUCAUAGAUAUAUAUGUUUCUCAAUACCCGCCCUGGUGCAUCCCUUUGAAUGCUCAGCCUUUGGUAUUAUGAAAAUGCCAUCACAGCUACAAAUUCAACAAGUUUGCGACAGUACCGUCACUGCUGACAAUGUCAACGAACAAAAAGCUAAGCUAGACAAAAAUCAACAUGAAGCAGCUCCUCUCAGUGCAACUACAAAAAGCGGAUGCGAAUACGAUAAGGCAUUUAAAGCAGACGAAUCAGUAAACUCUGCAGGCAGCAGCAGUAGCAGCAGAAACAAAUACAGCAACAACAACAGCAACAAUGGCUCAAAUUACAACACUUCAAAGAAAACGAACACGAAAAUAAAUGGUCUUCCGCCUUGUGUGGCUAUGCCUCAGAGUGGAGACAUUAUUUAUAUUACUGGCUUUCGAUCUGUGAAUCGUUGUUUUUUGCGCGUCGCCAGCGAACAUGCUGAGAAGGCACAUUCUGAAAUUUGCCGAAAGGUUAAUUUGUUGGGGAAAGAGAUGAACAAAAUACAUAAUCCGAGGAUCUUUUCAUACGGCCUAGCCAAGUAUCAAGAUCAAUUCUAUCGUGUUAAAAUAAUUCCUGGCUCAUGUGUGCGCCUUCAAUAUUUAGACUUGGGCUUUGUCAAGGCAAUGGGUUGCGUUGAAAUUCAUGAGAUAAGCAACGAAAUAAUGCAACUGCCUUGCAGUAUCGUAGAGCUUCCGCUAAAGGGCGUUCCAAACGUACCAAUGAGCCAUGAUGUUGUCAAGUUCAUUUCCAAUUUCGAGAAUAACAGAUUUAUAAUACAGUAUGGCGAUAAAAGGCACAUAGAUUUAAUGCAUGUAGAUACAGGCAAAUCAUUGAAUGUACAAAUCAUUGAAUAUUGUACAAAAUUGCAUCUGCCUGGUCAGGCAAUUCCACCUGAGAAAAAAUUAGUGUCUGCCAAAUCAGAUGCACACAACGAUUUAACCUUUAAGUCCAAAAUGGGUGCUUCUACGCCAGAUAUCUCAGUGCAAGAUGAUCCACCUAAAGUCGAGUCUGAAUUGAAAACACAACCGACAAACAAACCUGAUGAAUUAAUAAACAAAAAAGAAGUGAAUAUAAGUAAGGAACAAAUACCGACAAAAAAACCUGAUGAAUCAAUAAACAAAAAAGAAGUGAAUAUAAUUAAGGAACAAAUACCGACAAACAAACCUGAUCAAUUAAUAAACAAAAAAGAAGUGAAUUCAAUCAAGGCACAAAUACCAGUUGCCGAUGAUGAAGAAAAUAAUAAAUUACGCAGCUUACUGGGGUUAGAUAAGGAAUCAUCAGAUCAACAUCAAAAAGCCAAAGAAAACAUUCCAUCUAAUGUUAAUAUAGAUUUAAAUACGAUUCCGCCUGUAAUUCUUGACACUACCAAAAACGAAAAUGCCACACGUGAAGCUGCAGAAAAUAUUAAAACUAUAAGCAAUAUACCCACGGAUAUCAAAACAAAUGAAGCAGAUGAUCAAAAGCCAAGCACAGUCAUUGCUAAAUCUAAUACUGAACCUUUAUUAAUUCCGCCCUUCGAAACGCGUCGCAUCGCCAUCAAUUCGCCAGAUGGGGUCGAUAUUUUCAUUGUGGACAACUCAAAUGUAUCAAGGGGUAUUAUUGGCGGCUUUGAAAGUAAAUAUGCACGUCAUUUCUCCGAUUUGCAAUUUCGCUUGUCACAAAUCAAGGACACGCAGCCAUACAAACCUAUACUCAGGGAAUAUGUUAUUGCCAAAUUUGAAGGUGCUUGGUAUCGUGCCAAGGUAAUGGAUAUUAAAACUAAUCAGCCUACCCAUACAUACGACGUUAUGUAUGUUGAGUUUACCAAUGUAUCCACUGUAACAGAACAGGACAUUCGACGCUAUCCACCAGACUUGAAUAUGCCAUGCCAUACAAGCGUUUGCCUCAUAGAAGGAUUUCCUCAUCGGCCAUCAAAUGCUCAGAUGACCUUUUUACAGGAAAAGUUGCAAAUGCAUAAGGUGUUGCACGUAGAUGCUGUAAACUAUUUACAGGAUAUGGCAAUGAUCAAAUGCAACGCUUUAAUCGAUGCACUUAACAAAAUACCUUAAAGCUACAUCAACCUGCGCUGUAUUCA